UGCAGAGUAUUGACAUAGAAACCAAACGACAGAGCCGACCAAGUUUUUUCACUCCGGAUUAGUUUUUGCUGUCGCUUCUGCGUUGAAAUUACUUCGCUGUAUUUUCGACUGCUGUCAUGAAUGCGGCACUGGUAAAAAAGACCCAGGACACGCUGGGAAAAGUGAUUAAGAAGCCCCCUCUCACGGAGAAACUGCUAAGCAAGCCCCCGUUUCGAUAUCUCCACGACAUCUUCAGUGAGGUCAUCAGGACCACUGGUUUUAUGAAAGGUCUCUAUGGAGAGAAUGAAAUGAAGUCAGAUAAUGUUAAGGAUAAGGACUCUAAGAUAGCCUUCCUCCAGAAAGCCAUAGAUGUUGUGAUGCUGGUGAGUGGCGAGCCCCUGGCAGCAAAACCAGCACGCAUUGUGGCUGGCCAUGAGCCUGAGAGAACCAAUGAGCUGCUGCAGGCCAUCGCCAAGUGCUGCCUCAACAAGCUGUCCAGUGAUGAUGCAGUGAAGAGAGUACUUGCAGGAGAAAAAGUGGACAUAAAGACCAAGGCUAGCACCUCCAGGUCCCAGGACAAGGAGAAUAGGGAAGGACAUGAACGUCACCUGGAUAGAGAGGAGAAGAAAAAGAUUACAGAGCGUAGUGGCAGCCGGGACCAGAAGGACCCAGACCAGCCCAAAGAACAAGAGAGUCGACGUAGAGAUGGGGAGAAAGAGCACCACCGGGGCAGGGAGCGCUCUGACAAGCACCACCGCAGUGAACAGGACCAUGGGAAAGACCGUGACAAAGACAAGAGCCGAGAUCGGGAGCGAGACAAGGACAGAGAUAAAGGACGAGUUAAAGACAGGGACAAGGAGAAGGAAAGAGAGAGGGAUCGAGAAAGGGAAAAAGACAAGGAGAGAGAUAAGGAGCGAGAAAAGACAAGGGAGAGGGAUUCCCACAGAGACUCGGGAAGAGACAAGGAAAAACGAAGAGACAGAGACAAAGAACGGGACAAAGAGAGAGAGCGACACAAAGAUGGGGAAGAGAGGCACAGAAGUGUAGAGAAUGGCAAUAGCAAGGCCAGAGUAUCAGAGGAAUCACAGGAGAAACCCAAUCCUGAAGAGCCCAAAACAGCCAAACCUGUGCCAGCUCCUGCAGAAGCAGUUGAAAACCAGUCUGACAGUCCAGCUAGAAUACCUCGGCCUUCAUCUGCCAAAGGGCAGAGACGGAGACCCAAAAUUGGAGGUCAAGAUGAAUCUGACAGUGAGGGAGAUGGAGAUGCUCAGUUAGCCCAGAGACCUGUCCCUCAGGAAAACGGAGAUGUUGCAGGCUCCUCAGUGCCAUCUGACAUCGCUUCCAGCAACAGACGAAUAGCACGGCCCAGCAGUGCUCGCCCAGCACCUCCCCGAGUCAAGAGACAGGAGAGUUACACUGAUGUGACCUCAGCUGAGAGACUGUCUAGUGCCAAGCCCUUAGCACCUGUCAUCAUGGAUGGGAAGAAGCUUUCUGAAGAUGAGGAGAAUGAAGAUGACCAGUUUCUCGUGGAGGAGGCUGUGCCUCCACCCCCAGAUGCUCCUGAGAUGGAGGUGGUUCCUGCACAAGAACUAGACAGUGAAGAGAAACAUGGUGGCCUUGUGAAAAAGAUCCUUGAGACCAAGAAAGACUAUGAGUUGUCACCAUCCUCCCCUAAAUCCAAAGAGCAGAACUUGGUGUCUGAAGCUGCACGGAAGAAAGAGCGGGACAUGGUGAUAAGGGAGAUUGAGCGGCUGCGCUCAUCCAUCCAGACAGUGUGCCGCAGCUCCCUGCCUUUGGGUAAGAUCAUGGACUACAUCCAGGAGGACAUGGACGCCAUGAAGGCUGAACUGCACACCUGGCGACGGGAGAACAAGGAGCAUGCACAAACCUUGCUGCAGGAGCAGAGAGCGACAGACCGGGCAGUGGAACCUCUUAAAGCAGAGCUAGCUGAGCUGGAGCAGCUGAUCAAGGACCAGCAGGACAAGAUUUGUGCUGUCAAGGCCAAGAUACUGAAGAAUGAAGAGAAGGUCCAGAAGAUGGUGACAGGAAUCAACUUCUCUUCCAGAACCUGAAGUGAGAAAACAAGGUCCACCGAGAAUAAAAAUGCACUGAAGACUUAGGUAUGAACAGUUUCUCCUUCAGAAUAAUGUCAAGACUGUUGGGACCAAACACUGCACUUUUAGGUUUCCCUGUCAGAACAGGAGAUGGACCCAAGCAUAUUCCUACAUAGCCAGGGUGGGAAAUAAACGGCAUCCGUCAGAUAUUGAUAAAUAGAAGCGCUGUGCGAGGGUUUAGAGGCCUGACUCUGUUCUAACAUAAGUGGAUGAUAAAGUGGAAAGCUGACAGAUAAACAAAUGUAUAAAUACACUAACCGAAGUCCAUCUCUUGCCCCUGUUCUGUAAUGGUGCCUUUGUGGAAUGAGCACAGCUCAUGACAGUUAGACUACAUGGUGACAUUUAAUGAUUUAUUUUGCCACACACUCAGAUAUCAGUUGACCAAAUUUAAAAUGAACAUCCUCGUUCUUUUUAAUUACCUAGUAAAAAUAAAGUAAAAAGUGAAGUUUUUAUAUUGUGGCACACAUAACAUGACAUAACAUUUCCUAGUUGUGAAGACUUUAAACUUUGUUACUUUUGUACACAGGACAUGCAGUUUGCUUGGAGUAAGCCGGCUUGUCUUUAAGUUCAUUUGCUGUUUUCCAUGAUGAUUAUUGCAUCUGCUGUAGUGCUAUUGCACUAGCUAUACAACAAUAAUUAAAUAUAACUGUUGCACAUUAAGCUGGUUGAAAAUAGGAGAAAAGUUCAAAUACA